AUGCCCCGCAUACCCUUCUUCCGCCUGCCGACCAAGUUCCGGCGGCACGUCCGCCGCAACCGCAUGGCCACACUCGCCGUCCUCGCCGUCCUCGGCGUGCUGCUCCUCAUCCCGCUCUACUCGCUCUACUGCGUGUACAAGCCGCCGCGCUUCCUCCUCGGCUACCUGCGCGCGCGCUACCCCGACGUGCUCUUCGAGGAGACGACGACGGCCAAGAUGAUGGCGCUGUCCCUCGACGACGCGCCCUCGGCCCACACCGACGAGAUCCUGGGCGUGCUGCGCGAGUUUGACGUGCACGCGACCUUUUUCGUCAUUGGCGCGCAGGUAGAGGGCCGGGAGCAGACUCUCAGGAAAAUCGUCGCAGAGGGCCACGAGCUGGGGAACCACGCGAUGCACGACGUGCCGUCGAAAAGUCUGAGCCUGGAGCAGCUGGAACGGGAGGUGGGCGAGGUCAAGGAGAAGCUGGUGGCGGCGUAUGCGGCCGAGGGCAAGAUCCUGCCGAACAAUUACUUUAGGCCCGGGUCGGGCUUCUUCAACAACAAGAUGCGGGAUAUGCUGGGCAAUCGCGGGUACAGAAUCACGCUGGGGAGCAUUUAUCCGCACGAUCCGCAGAUUCGCAACCCGGAGCGGAAUGCCAAGCAUAUACUGAGCAUGGCGCAUCCGGGCGCAAUCAUCAUAUGCCAUGAUCGGAGGGAGUGGACGGCGCCGAUGUUGAGAAUGGUGCUGCCGAAGCUGCUGGCGGAUGGGUACAAGAUUGUGACGAUUACGGAUCUGGUGAAGAGUGUGGAGCCGUUGGGGGGACGGUGA